AUGGCGGAUUCUCUUCUCUCCUCCAUCGCCACCUUUCACACAACCAUGAUUAUCGUUACAGAUCCCACUAAGUUCUCCUUCAUUGGAUCCAUCCCUGACACCAUGCUUGCCCGUGUGUCUGCAGCAAGCAAUGUUCUGCAACAAUACAGAAAGAUUCCUUCUUCGGGUCCAAGGGAGCUCACACCAGCCAUGGUUCGCUCCAUUAAAGAGGCUGAUAAGCCAGCAAAGAGGGGAAAGAGAACCGAAACCCAAAAAAAAGGGAAUGUCGUUAAACCAACCAAGGGUCAAACCCCCAAGAAGAGAAAAUCAGACAAAGCUGCUCCUUCACAGCCUAAGAAGAAGCAACAGAAGAAGCCCGCUCGGAGACUCAUACUCCAAUCUUCAAGCGAUUCAGACUUAGAGUAUGUUCCUCCCCAAAACAAAUCUACUGCUCCUUCAGAAUCUGACAGCGACAGCUCUAAUGAUGAGGCUUCGGGUCAUGGUGAUACCCCGCCUCGCUCGCCUACCCCAGAAAUUCCAGUUCGCUCCCAAUCUACUUCUCCUCCACCUGUAACCAUCCCAAUAUCCAUCCCUCCAAUAUUUCUUAUCCCUACCUCUCAACCAUCAACCACUAUUCCCAUCCCUACUCCAAUCUUCAUAGACACUACCACUACUACAGGGGCUCAUUCUAUCGCUCCCACCCCACCUGUUACAACCGAACCACCAGUAACGACCGAACCUCCUACCACUACCAAACCCUUAUCACCUACUCCAUCUACUGACACCACCCCAGUUCUAGGCGACGAUGAUGAACCUAUUACCAAGCGUCAUCUCAAAGCAGUCAACGAUAAACUUGAUCAACUGCUUUCCUCCUCUUCCUCUGGGGCUUAUUCAAAUGCUGCUCUCAAGGCAUUGUUCUCCUCUAUUGGUCAAGAACAUAAUUCCUCCCUUACUGCUGCAGCUAAGGCUAUAGAAGCCUCAGCUUCCCAAUGCCAGAAAGCCUCCCUUGAUGUUGAGGUUUCCACCAAGGAGUGCAAAGAAGCGACCGCAAAAGUCGAUAAACUAAUUUCUGAGGCUCACUUAUUUUUAGAUUCUUUGCAGGUGGCUGCUCAAAAGAAUUCUCAAACUGUGAAUGCUUCGGUUGAUAACCUUCAGUGUUCUCUUCAAGCUGAACGGUCCAACCUUGAAGCUGCACGACAAGCAAUCGAAGCUUCCAAUGCCACUCUGCAUAAUAAUGUCAAUGAUGGAUUGACCCAACUGAACGCAGAGUUGGCCGUGGAAAAUCGUAUCAUGGAUGAGCUUGACAGAAGAACCUCUCAGCUAAAGAUGCAGAACCUCAAGCUUCGCACUGCCACAACUGAGCUCAAUGAUUUGAAAUCUGAGAGAGAGGAUCCUGCUAAGCCUUUUCAGAAAACAAAACCUUUUGAUAAAGAGCUUGAAGAAAAGUUUAAGAAACAAACGGCUGAGCUUGAGUAG